CCAUAUUGUUCUAUCUAACUGACGUCUUACAUUGUCUGUAUGGCUCGAUGGAUAUCACCAAAGCGUGUCUUUGCGGUCUGCCCACCUACGGUGGGUUUGAUCGUGCUUGCUCUCACGGUUCUCUGGCUGUUUCUGAAUGCACGAAAAAUAUGGGAUACUUUUUCUUAUGGAACCCGCCCACUGUGGGAUGCCCCGGAUGGGCCCAAGGAAAUUAUACAUCACUUCUAUGCCGAGGGCGUUGAAUUCGACGAGGGCUUGUGCAAGUUGCACGGAUGGACCGCGCGCCCAUAUCCCUUACCUCCCGUUUGGGAUGCUGUCAUGGUCAGCACCGAGCUCGACCUUUUGGAAGUUCGCAUGCACGAACUUUUGGGCAUUGUCGACAGAUUCUUUCUUGUCGAGUCCAACAGCACAUUUACCGGACUCCCGAAAGCCAUGCAUUUCGAGGGCAACCGGGCGCGUUUCUCCUCUUUCGAUGACAGAAUCAGCUAUUCAAAAUUUCCUGGUAUGCAACCACAUCCACCGGAUCCAUUCACUUUUGAGAAUGCCCAACGAGCACAUAUGACUCAACUGCUAAUCUCUCAUCUCCCGAGGAACGGACCAAUGCCACUUGUCAUCUUCUCUGAUGUAGAUGAGAUACCCUCAGCUCACUCGAUCCGGCUUGUGCAAGCAUGUCAAGCACCGAGCCCUCUUCAUCUUCAGAUGCAGGAAUACCUGUAUUCAUUAGAAUGGCCGCUGGGAUUCCGAAGUUGGCGAGCUCAGGUUCAUCUCUGGGAUCGACAGACGACGUAUUACCGGCACUCGUUGUCAACGAAUGUUGCGUUGGCAGAUACUGGGUUUCACUGCAGCUAUUGUUUCCGCACAAUCGGGGAAUUCGCAGAGAAAAUGCAAGGUUUCUCCCACGCUGAUCGGCUAAGAGGGAAUCGUGCACUGCUACUUCCUGCCCAUAUACAGAGAAUUAUCUGUGAGGGAACCGAUAUCUUCAAUAUGUUGCCCGAGGCCUACAGAUUCAAGGACCUCUACAAUGCCAUGCAACCUGAUCCAGCAAAAUCAGCGAUUGGCGUCCCACGCUAUCUCCUUGAUAACUUUGAAAAGUUCAGGUUCUUGUUGCCAGGUGGUUGUUUGCGGGAAGAAUGAACAGGGGUGCAUGGUAAAACCGCAACACUGUCUUUUGACGAGGAGCGAGAUUUCGCUAUU